AGUUGUGAUUGUUUUGUGGUUAUUUUUUUAGCUUAAAAAUCUGAUUCUUGAUUUUUUUUUUCAGAAGAAAACCUUUUCUGUAUUCAUAAAAACACCCUUUAAAAUGAGAGUCAAAAUGUUGUUGAAACAAUAUCAACAAAAUGGACUUACUUCACUUGUCAAGCACAGAUAUUUUCCAGCCAAGAAACCUAAAUUUAAGAAAUCAUAUUUUCCUUUUAGACAGCUGAAGAAAGAUUUUCAAACAAGAUUGGUCAGUUCUGCCAACAGCUAUAAUGCGAGCCACCUAGAAGAAGAGACUGAUGCCCAGUCGCUUGAAGUUGUCAGCACAGAAAAUGGUCUCCCUACCUUUGACGAGUUAACUGAAGGUUCAGGCUACAGCUCCCUGACAUCUGCUGACCUAUGGUCAGACACAGGCUUAAUCCUCAGAGAUGGUCUCACUUCUUUGUCUGCCCAGUCAUCACAUUUGCUGUCUUCAAUUGGAACAAAUUCCCUAUUUUCAAGUGUUCUUUUUUCUAGCAUAAAUGAAUAUUCAAAUUCAUUUUCUUCUGAAUCAGAUGACCUUGAUUUUUCUGAUCAACUUUAUUCUGAAGCUGAUAGGAAUCAAGAGAAUCCUAUGUAUUUAUCCAAACCCAGUAUGUUUCCUGAGCCUAUUUCUGCUGAAAUUUCCUUCCAGAAUUCUCUGCAAGAUAUGCCACAAACAACAUUUGAUUAUUUUAUGCCUCCAGAGAAUGAUCACUACAGUGAAGCUUAUCUAGAUGGUGGUUCUAACAUGACUAGUAUCAGUGAGUUUUUGGGCCCUGAUGACUCCUUCCUGCAGAGAGCAGUUGUUGAUUCAAGUCAGACAGUGCCACAAAUUAACAGUGAAUCUUUUGCCUGGAGAGAAAAUCAGAUGACAAAUGUAGACUUACCUCCAGCUGGACAGUGGCUUAAGGAUGAGGAGAAAAAACAAUUUUUUCAAUCAGCGUUAAAUACUUUUGAGGACACUUGCAAAUUGGAACAGGCAUCACCAGCAAGUGUAUAUGACUCACAGUUUUCUGAAGUUCCAGCAGACACAAAUGUUUGUGUAGGGGAGACAAAUGCAGAAACUUGUGACCCCAACUGGACCUGUGCUAACUUUCUGAGCCCAUCUUUCAGCAAUGAUGUGACAGACUUGCUUGAUUUGUUAGAUGUGACAUCUUUGGUUUCUUCUGCUGAAGAUCUGUCCAAUGCUUUGGUUUCUUUUUCUGAGGAUCUGGAAAGCCUCAACUCAUGGCAAGGAAAUGUGAAGGAUGCUGGUCACACUCCCUAUGGCUCCGGCACCAGUGAGGAUGAUGUUUUCCCUGUGUCACUUGAGCCAGGUGUGGGUGAGGGGGAUGCUGUAGAUGGGGAACUUCUGCAGGAAGCAGCAGCCAGCAAAGUUGGAUCAAGCCAAGACUUAAAUGACAAAACCUCACAGUGGGUUUGGGAAACAUUUCUUUGGCCAGGAAAAUUUAAUACUCUAUCAGCCAAAGAUGAGAUUGAGACUGACAGCCCCGGCCCUGCAAAGGUCACUUCAGCUGACGUGUCCCCCUUGUGUGAGGCUUCACUCAGAGAAGUGGACGGAGCAUUAUGGGAUGUUGAUAGACCCAAGUCUUCUCACUUACUGCCAGGCUCUGCUAAUGAAAAUGGUUCGUCUGAGGCAGUAAGGGACAGAAAUCUUGACCUUCAACAAGUACCGCAGCCAGUUGUAUCUCAUAAUACAAGUUUUGAGGCACAUGGUUUAGUACUGUCAGCUCAGCCAGCAGAUGCAUUGCCAGUCACACAGGGUAGAUCUGAAUUCUUGCAAAGAUCAGAAGGGAGAUCCAAUACAUCCUUUCCUAGACUUGAGAGAUCUUCUUCUGCUUCAGCAUCAAGAUCAAAUGUCUUACUAGCUGAGAGAUCCUUCCAAAAUCUUUUUCCCAGGUUCAAGAGAUCUUUAUCCGAUUCUUUGCUUCGAUCACAUGAUAGAUCACAGCCAUAUUUCUUGCAACGAUCACAGGAAAGGCCGGAGCAAGUUUUCUUGCCAGUCUUGGAGGUGUAUUCAACCCUUCAGCCACCCCAAGAAGUGCCAGAGAUCUUGCCCUCAGUAGAACAUCAUGGACCAAUCUAUCAGGAGUCGUUCCAGUUGUUACAUGAUGAUAUUGAUCAGACAGAGCUAGACUAUCAGAUUCAACAUCCACUUUUUCUGGGCACACCUCUGCCUUCUGAUGUGCAUGUGAACCAACACAGGUUAGAUGUUGAUAUCAGAGAAUCCAGAAGAAUAAGGCGCUUUCAUCAUAUCUGCUCGCAUCAACUCCCCAAAGUUUCACGGCACUUGGAUGAACAUUGUUAAACUGACUCUGAAGCUAUGGGAGAAAAAUUAUUUGACCAAGGAUAACGGAUUGAAAUUGGCUGACAAAUUCACAAUGUCAAAUGUUUGAGAAACCUGUAAUAUUGUUCUAGCCUUAGUUUUGUUUAACACAUAGGACAAUGUUCAGAUUUUCUAAGAUUCACAAUUCACCUGCACUACUUUAGAAGACAUACAUAAUCAGCUUUAAAAACUGGUCACAAAAACUCACACACUUGCAAAUUUUUUCAAAUACAAUCAUUUUACACUUUGCUAUCACUCACAUUGCUUUAAAACCCAAAUCGUUGUACCAGAGGUUUUAGAGUUCUACUUGACAGUUAGACUUGCUGUCUGAAAAGAACAUUGACUAGAGCUUUUCAGAGCCAACCCAAUCCAGAUCUUGCUUCUGAAUCUUUCUUCAUCUUUUUCUGUUCAUCUCUUUGAGAUUUUCUUGGCCCGCCCCUUCUUUCUUUUAUCCUGGUGACACCAGUAGAUGAUGUAGUUUGUCAAUCUAUUGCCAGUGUGGUAACACAUCUUUCUUGAUCCAACCUUGAAAUCAGUUCUUCAGCAAUUUCAUGGUUUAUUACAGUUUUCUUGUUUACUGCAGCCAAUGUGCUUUAUUGUACCCCAUCUGGUUUAUUGUACCCCAUCUGGUUUAUUGAACCCCAUCUGGUUUAUUGAACCCAAUCUGGUUUAUUAACUUCUUCUUUGUUAACUUCUUGCUUUUGUGUAAAGUUAACAUGCACCCAGCCCAUAGCGCUGGUUGAAAAAUCAGAUAUUGUUGUGUAGUUAACUUCAUGCUGUUGUGUGAAGUUGACAUGCACUCAGCCCAUAGCGCUGGUUGAAAGAUCAUAUAUUGUUGUGUAGUUAACUUCUUGCUUUUGUAUAAAGUUAACAUGCACCCAGCCCAUAGCGCUGGUUGAAAAAUCAGAUAUUGUUGUGUAGUUAACUUCUUGCUUUUGUGUUAAGUUGACAUGCACUCAGCCCAUAGCGCUGGUUGAAAGAUCAUAUAUUGUUGUGUAGUUAACUUCUUGCUUUUGUAUAAAGUUAACAUGCACCCAGCCCAUAGCGCUGGUUGAAAAAUCAGAUAUUGUUGUGUAGUUAACUUCUUUCUUUUGUGUGAAGUUGACAUGCACUCAGCCCAUAGCGCUGGU